GGGGGGGAAUGAAGCAUUUAUUUGUUUUUAGAGUAAUUAAAAAUGGAUUGAAUUUGGAUUGAUGGUAAAAUGUGAAUUUAGCUGGCAGUUGCUGGCCAUGUACCUCGUGGCACUUGUGGUGCCGCAGCUCGUACUCUGCGGAAUGGUGCUCUGUGAACCGGCUGUGCUUUAUAAAAUGAAGAAUAUCGAAUGCUUGGGCGUUGCUCCCUUCUCGGCUAAUCCCGUGUGCUACAUAAAGCCCAUAAACUGGAACAAAGCUGUGGCACACAUGGACGUGGAUCUGCUGAAGCCACUGCACAAUAUUUCGGUGCACAUUCAAAUCUUCAAGCGGGACUACAGCAACCAAUAUCAGCCAUUUCUUGUGGACGUCGUCGUUAAUCUAUGCGAUAUCCUAUCCCGCCGUAACUUUAUGCCCUUUGGUGUUAUUUUUAUAAAGAUUUCCAGUCGGUUUUCGAAUUUCAAUCACUCUUGUCCGUUUUCUGGGCACUUAAUCGCACGCGGCGCAUACGUCGACGAGACCUAUGUGCCCAAUUGUCCAUUGGGGCUGUACAAAAUCAACAUUACCAUUAUGGAGAAUUACCGCGUCAAGCGUCCAGAUCAUGCCGGUGGCUUCGUGUGGUAUGUCCAGGCAAUGACACCAGUCAUCAGGAAGAAGCAUAAGAACUGAACUUUAUAUUUAUAUUGUUGGUUUAUAUCGGUUUUUCGUUGAUUAAAUUCGAUUUUAAGCGAUUUCUAAUGUUACCCAAAUCUCUGCUGCUCCACUUAGUGUACAAUUAAAUGUCAGCAACAAUUAAUUGCGCAUUUAAAUAUCGUUUAAUUGCAAUACAUUUAAUUGCUUUUUAAGUGUAAGUUCAACAUUUAUAUGUAAGUGGUAUAUUUAAAUCGAAUUUUAGUUGGCAUCAUGCGUUCGUCAUU